AUGAAAGAAGAAAACUGCACCGACAUGCAUAUCGUGCGCAGGUCAGAAUGGAGUUUAUAUAGAGCGGCCGAUGGACUGCCGGCGUUGCCGUUACCGACGGACUACAUGGUGUAUACGCAUACCUUUGGAACAGCAUGUUUUGACCGCGAUUCCUGCGUGUCGAUCAUCCGAGAAAUUCAGAAUUAUCACAUGGCCAAGGCUUUCAAUUAUUCCGAAAUAGGCUACAAUUUUCUAAUUGGAGGAGACGGGAUAGUGUACGAAGGACGUGGUUGGCAUACCAAAGGAGUUUUCAAAGCUGACAUCCAUCGUGAUGGGAUUGGAGUGGCAUUCAUCGGAAAGUUAUCCUCUGAAGGAGACUGCAACGGAUUUACGUAUGCUGCGGCGGCCUCAGCACAUAAGUUACUGAACUGUGCGAUCGGCAACGGGUUUUUACGUACACAAAACCAGUCAGGAUCGGUGCUGCCGUUAUUAAUAAAUCCAUCUCUGAAGGAAUAUAUUCUCAAUCCAGCAGCCUUAAGAUGUACGGUUCUUAUAUCUUGA